AUGGUGAAGGUCGGUGGUGAAGACGUAGAAGCUCCAGGCAACUCGCCCUGGCGCGUCCUCUGUCAUCCGCCAAGCUCGGACCACUUCACCACACCAAAGCUUCAUUGCGACGAUUUCACCACUUUGACCCGCAAGGACGGAGUACAAGGCCGAUUUACCCAUUGCUUUGCGUUUCAAUUGAUUCAUCUCGAUCGCCAUGCUCAGAUCAACAUACGCCGCUCCUCCCCCUUUGCCUUCGGGGUGGACACAACAUCGAGCCCCCACAGGUUGGUCUUGCGCUGGCCAGGUCAUCUGUACUACUAUAAUUCUUCAACAAAGCAAUCGACAUAUACCCGCCCUCAAGAAACGGCUCCUCAGCCCAUUCAGGCCGCUCCCGACACUCCAGAAGCAACAUACAACCCCGAGACGCUACCUCCGUUUUCUUCGACGCCCUAUGGACCGACAGGGUUUGGUUCUGGGCCAGCGCAGUUUGGCCCACCACAAAACACCCGUGGCCGCGGAGGAUUCCGCGGUGGGAGAGGUUAUCAUGAUCGUGGACGGAGAGAACCCGAAGAUCGACCAAAAGCGAAACAUCCUAUUCCUGACUGCGCCCCGUGGCUACUAGUAAAGACCAAGCUUGGAAGGAGAUUUGUGCACAAUCCGGAAACAAACGAAAGUUUUUGGAAAUUUCCAGAGCAAGUUUUGAAGGGCGUGAUCGAAUUUGAUCGUCUGGAGCGUGAGAAGAAGGAAAGGAAAGAACGGGGUGAGCCCGAGAUGCCGGCCAAAAAGGAAUCGCCUACGCCUCAGGAUGUUCGUAUAGAGCCCCAGCCAACACCGCAAGAAGCGGAACGCGCAGACUAUGACUCCGACUAUGAAGAGGUCGAGGUUACAGACAGCGAGGGGGAAGAGGGCCAACCGUCAAAGCGUGCACGAGCUGAAAGUGAAGGCGCCAAGGAUCAGCCGCUAGAGUUCAAUGAAGAAGACAUGGCAUAUCAACUAGCAGCCAUGGGUGAAGACUACGGACUGGACCCUGGGGAAUAUGGCGAGGUCGAGGAAGAAGAUUGGGAAGAGGGCGCAGAGGGCCUGCCGCUGACAGAGGCCGAUGCUGAGGCCCUCUUCCGCGACUUACUGGAUGACUUCCGAAUCAACCCAUUCACGACGUGGGAAAAUGUCAUCGAAGAAGGCCGCAUCAUUGAAGAUACCCGAUAUACCGCACCCUCGAACAUGAAGACACGACGAGAGAUCUUUUCCAAUUGGACCCGGGACCGAAUCCAAGAUGUGAGAGAGCAGAAAGCGAAGCAGGAGAAGACCGACCCGCGCAUUAGAUAUCUGGCGUUUUUGCAAGAACAUGCCACUCCGAAGCUUUACUGGCCGGAAUUCAAGCGCAAGUACAGGAAAGAGCCGGAAAUGAAGGACUCUCAGCUUGGAGACAAAGAGCGCGAGAAGUUCUACCGGGACCACAUCUCGCGUCUCAAGCAACCCGAAAGCACUCGCAAGUCAGACCUGUCAGCCCUGCUCAAAUCUGUUCCUUUGGACUUGUUGCAUCAGUCAUCGAACUUGGAAGCUCUGCCCACCAUGAUCAUCACCGAUAUUCGUUAUAUCGGACUCGCGCCAGAGGUUCGAAACCCGUUGAUUGAGGCAUACAUAUCUACUCUGCCUCCGGCCCCGGAGGUACAGAUGACGGCAGAAGAGCUAGAAGAAGUCGACCGAAAACGAGUUGAACGGGAGAAACGCGAGAGGGCCCUUGCAGAUCGGGAGAAGCGGGUGGGGGAAGAGAAGCGGAAACAGCGAGGAGAUCUUCUCCGUGGCAAGCAUCUCCUCCGAGAAGGCGAGGCCGAGAUUGAACAGGCAAUGCGCGUCAACAAGGACGCACUAAUGAGCUACAUGGAUGUUGACCAGGCGGUAGAUGAGGAACAGAAGCCGAGUCAAGGAUAG